GGCUGAACCAAGGAAGGCAGGUUCUCAGACCGGCAAGCUCACCGGUUUGGAUACUGGCAGGAUGGUACUGGUUGGAAAGAAUUUUCGCUUUUUCUGGUUUUAGUACUGAGCACUGCAAGUAAAAUGCAGUUUGAGGACAGAGAAGAGCUGGAAGAUGUAACAGAGGAGGGAGCAGCCGCCACAGAAGGAACCUCUCCACAGGGCCAAAGAAAGGAUAGGUGCAGCGAGUGGGAGCAGUGGGACUGGUAUGUGGUAGUUGUAGAGUAUACUGGGCAGUCACUGGGGGGUGCUGUCGGGGAUGCAGGAAGAGUGCCUCUUGAGCAGAGGAAUGAUAUUGCAAGCCGACUGAGGCUGGGUGUAAACAAAUCUGUCCAUGUCUGCAGUACUGGUUGAAC